UAAACCCACUCCCUUUCCCUUCCUAUAUAAAAACCCCCUCCUUUUUCCCGUGAAUACGACGCGGAUUCAUGGUGGACCACGGCGUUUUCCCGGUCUCCUUCUUCGACGGCGAGCGGGAGAUGGACAUCGGUGACGUCAGACUCACCCCUGCCAUGGACUACAAGUCCUUCCAGCUGAUUCUCAGCGAAAUGAUCGGGAUCUCGCCCAAUCAGAUCUCGAUAUACCUCGUCAGUCGGAGGAGGACCAGGAAAUCGCCGUUUUCCGACGAUCGCCGCCGAAUUCCGGUCACCGGUAAGGCGAACUUCGCCGCGAUUUGCCGCCUGAAGGAGUGCUGCUUCCUCGUCAUUCUGAAGCGGUCGCGCAAGUCGAGGAGCCGCAGGGAGAGGAUGAUCGGCGGCGGAGGAGCCGAUUUCGCGGCUCGGAUCGCUCAGCCGGAGCCGCAUCUGGUCCUGCUUAGGAGGAGUCAACCGGCGCCGCUGUGCGGAGGAGGAGGCGCGGAAUUGCAGUUUCCGAGAGGCGAUUUGUUUGAUCCGACGUGGCUGGCGGUGGACGGAAGCGGAGAUCGCGGCAAGGCCUUCUGCGAGGAGUGCUGGAACGCGGAGAAGAACGGAGAUUAGAUUAACUAUUUCUGGAAAUCGGGCUCUAAUGAGCCAUGAUCUGAUGGGUGCGGCCCAUGGCAACACCGUGGGCGCGAGCUCCGUACGUAGGCAGCUUCAUCUGCGUGAUGACAUUGCGAUUGACCAUUAUGCCACUGGGCCUAUUAACGGUUAUUUUGUUCUUUUGCUAUUUCAGAAGGGUAAUAUUGUAAAUUAACGGUUGGAUUAAUAUUGAAGAUCUUAGAUAUGAAUUUCAAUGAUAUUAUCUUAUAAUUUUUUAUGUAUCAUGAUAAUGUUAUGGUGGAUUUAGAUUUCGUUUUA